AUGCCUGUGGGACCCACAGUCCAGCCAAGUGGAGAGGAGAACACCAUUAAAGCAGAUGCAAGGCUUCCUUUGGAGGCCUGUGGGUGGGAUUCCAGCCCAGACAAGGCCCAGAGGUCAAACGUGUGUACAAAACCCCGAGCCCACCUGCCGGUCCAGGCGAGGGCCUGGACCCCCACAGAGGGCAGCGGAGCCACCUGGAUGCCCUGGGCCUCUAUGCAGCCCAGCCCGGGGUGGGCAGUGAGGCACCUGGGGUUUCCCCCAGGUCCACAUGGCAGAGCUGGAGUACACCCAGCAGCUCCAGGAGCUGGCCAUCUGGCACCAGCGACCCCAGGCUGCGGAGACCGAGCACCUGCACAGGGCCCAGCGUCCCGAGAGAGGGCCCACCAGCAGCAGGCAAGGGUGCUGGAGGGGCAGGUGGGCUGGCAGGGGUGCACAGGGAAGGUGGGGCCUGUGCCCGCCCAGCCUCAACCUGAGGUCCUCCAGGCCACCCCGGGGCCCCCACUCUGUCCUCCCGUCACCUCACACUCACUGAGGGGAGGAGGCAGGUCACCGCCGUCUCCAUGCCGCCGUCGUCCCCUAUCAGGAGGGGUGGGGACAGUCCCGGAGUCAGAGGUCGCUGGGUGUGAAGUGUCCAGACGCGCCUGGCACAGUGCACCGUGGCAGCUCCAGAGUCGGGGACAGGUCAGCAGUGUGUGCAGGGGACGGGGUGGGCACAAAGCAGGACAGAGCCUUGAGCAUGUAACUCUGCCCCCCACACAUGCACGCACACACACAUGCACACAAACAUACACAUGCAUGCACACGCACGCACACACACAUGCUGACUGGGGCUGCCCCAUGGGCUCCAAGCUCUCAGACACCAGGGAGCCACCUGGUCAAAACCCCAAUUUCCCAGACAAGGAACCUGAGGGCCCAGACACAUAG